ACAUUCGCGUUCUAAGUAGCGAGAGGGGGUAAAUUCGGAAUUUCUGAGGGUGCGCAUGUGUGUCGGGGGCGGCAGAAGUACGAUUCUAACAUAAAUCUUUGUAUCUCUUUUGAAAACAAAAAGCGUAAAAAGUAAAAACCUGGCGUUGGGUACUGAACUCUGUUGAAUCGGUUGGCAAAAUUGUGCUAUUGAAACCCAAGGCUCCGAGCAAAGGGUUGUGGUAAUGGCCAUAUAUGCAUGUGUAUCAUUGAUUUAUAAGAACGGCGCAGCGUAGAUGCAACCCAACACAGAUCAUGCUAAUUGCAAUUAACUAAAGCUAACAAUGCGAGAUAAGCUAGAUUGACGGGAACAAAAUUUCUUGCUUUUACUGCUUGCCAUGGCAACCAGAGGAGUAAUUGCAGACAAGUGGUCCAUGAGAGUUCUUUGGGCUUGUGCUAUUGGAAGUGCUGUUAGUCUGUAUAUGGUUGCUGUAGAAAGACAAAAACAGAAUAGGCAGAAGAUGCUGGCUCAAGGUUUGAACGGAAUGGACUUGGGGGAAACCAAUGAAGACGUUUGAUCUGCGUCGCACUCUUAUUAAUACUCUGUAGUAUCGUUUGUCACAUUUUCGUAUCAAAAUAACAGUUACAAAUGGAUACCAUUUGCUUUUUCCAUUAAAACAUUAAAUCUGUUAACAUCAUAAUCUUUCUCUGAAAGGGUUUACUCCUUAUGUAAAUGGUUCAUGCCUUUCACAGCACCCAUGUUGAUCUUGUAACUUGUAAGAUCCUUUGUGAGGGGUUUGCUUUGGUACUUGAGGAUUGAAUUAUUAGCUUCUUCAUCAUGUUAAAAUUGUCUACUUCUAGGGUUUUUUUUCCUCUUUUUGAAACGGAAAAUGUUAACAUUGUUAGGUUUUUUAUAUCUGCAGAGGUUUUUAUAUAUAUAAAGGUUUAGCGGCGCA